GUGUCAGUUGGGCUCUACUUCCCCCAGAAUCAUUACCAGGAGACUGUGUACGUUGGGCAGUCUGCUGGGACACCCGUGCUCCAGGUUCACGCCAUGGUGGAGAGUGACUCUCAACAACCCCACUUCUAUCUGUGCUGGAACAACCCCACGAGGCCUCCAACCUUUGCCCAGUGGUUCCACCUGGACGAGACCACAGGGAUACUCUCCAUGAAUAAGACCCUGGAGUGGAGCGACUUUGACUCUGCAUGUGAGUUAAAUAGAGACAGAAGGUUGCACAUAUGUAUUCUUUCCCCAUUGUUUAUGGGAUAUUUUAUGAAGUUCAAUGUGCAAUCUAUUUACUUUGCAUAUACCAAUUUUCAAUUGUCCAUUGAACACAACACUCCAAUAUAUUUCCAAUAUACAGGUAUAUUUAAUAUUGUAAAAUGUGUGGGGGGAAAUUAUUUAAGUUGCUCAGCUUGCAUGCUUUGUGCAUACUAAGCUUCAAGGUGAUACGUCAUGUUCAGGGAUCUGCUUUCAGAAUCAGGACAGUAAUGUAAUUGCAUAAAUGCCCAGAAAGUGCCCAGUCAUCAAGAAAUAAAUGCACUGUGGGAGAUUAAAAUGGGGGCCGUUGUUUCUGCUUUGGUUCUCUUGCUGAUCAGAUAUGUUUUGGACGCUGAGGCUGAGGAUCAUGGCGGCGACCAGACCCGUGAAGAGUGUCCUCUGUGGCCUCCCUACCGUAUGGGUCCACCUAAACUUCAUCAAUGCCACAGUGCCACCGUGUGGCCGGACCAGACCAGAGCUGGAGAAACUGUGCUUCCCUGACAAGGACCUGCACUCCCACAUUAAGGAGAACAGGUUCCCCGGGGCCCUUCGCCAGCUCAGACAGCUCACCAGGUUAAACGUCUGCCCCAACUACACCAUCUCCUACAGUGUGGAAUCAGGUUAGUCAUGCUACACUCCAUUCACCCACACUGUGUCUGUACAUGAUAUUAUGAGAAACCUCAGACACUUGGCAGGUCCCUACUAACCCUGUAUGGUGAGGUUACCCCAUGUUCUUACUCUUAUAGAAAUAUUUUUCGUUCCAAUUGUCUUUUUCAUUGCUGCUCCUGUCGCUCAGUGAAUAUGAAACUACAAAGUCUGGCAACAUGAGACUAACAUAUAUUGUUUACAUCCCCUCUUCAUGUUCCUUUUGGCUCUAGAUGUUCCAACCCCAUUUGCUGUAAACGACAACACCACUGAGUUGGUAGUGACUGCUCCUUUGGACCGCGAGGAGAGAGAGAUGUACAGUCCCAUGCUGGUCUGCACAGUGCAGACUGACACAAUGAUAGAAAAGUUUUUUGUUACACUACAUAUCAACAUCUACGACGAGGAUGACAAUGCACCGUAUGUCAAUGAAACAGACACAGAGGAUGUGGUGCUUGAGUUUGAUCGCAUGGAGGUGACUUUAUUUAACUUUGCAUUGCUUUACUUUACUACCAUACUGUAUAUCAGUAUAUUACUAUAAAUGUAUAAUUGAUACCACUGUUGUUCUUGUUGUUUUUCAGGGAAGUUCUUUUGGCAAUUUGUUUGUCUAUGAUAGAGACACAACCCCCAGGUAUCCCAAAGACCAGAGUCAGAACAGAUUUGUCGGAAAUAUGAUGACCAAUGACUCAUGGAUAAAUGAGAUGUUCACCAUAGAACACUCUUUCAAAGAAGAGAAGGCCAUUUUUGGCAACGUCCGAGGCACUGUUCAUGAGUUCUGUGAGUUGUCCAGUUACACAAUCUUAGGGCUGGUUUCCCAGACACAGAUUAAGCCUAGUUGCUUUCAGUGGUUUAAAGUACUUAAGUAAAAAUACUUGAAAGUAUUACUUAAGUCGUUUUUUGGGGUAUCUGCACUUUACUUUACUAUUUAUAUUUUUGACUACUUUUACUUUUACUUCACUACAUUCCUAAAGAAAAGUAUGUAGUUUUUACGCCACACAUUUUCUGACACCCAAAAGUACUCAUUACAUUUUGAAUGCUUAGCAGGACACGAAAAUGGUCUAAUUCACACACUUAUCAAGAGAACAUCCCUGGUCAUCCCUACUGCCUCUGAUCUGGCGGACUCACUAAACACAUGCUUUGGUUGUAAAUGAUGUCUGAGUAUUGGAGCGUGCCCCUAGCUAUUCGUAAAUUUAAAAAACAAGAAAAUGGUGCCGUCUGGUUUGCUUAAUAUAAGGAAUUUGAAAUGAUUUAUACUUUUACUUUUACUUUUGAUACUUAAGUAUAUUUUAGCAAUAACAUUUACUUUUGAUACUUAAGUACAUUUAAAACCAAUUACUUUUAGACUUGUACUCAAGUAGGAUUUUACUGGGUGACUUUCACUUUUCCUUGAGUCAUUUUCAAUUAAGGUAUCUUUACUUUUACUCAAGUACGACAAUUGGGUACUUUUUCCACCACUGGUCGCUUUUCAGUCUACAACAAUGUUUAAUAUGUGUCUGGCAAACUAGCCCUUAAUGUGACAAACUUUCACAAAAUCGACUCAUUAAAUAAACAACACUUCCCCCCUGUUCCCACCUCCCUUUGUGUGGUAUCUAGGGCUUGCACUAAAGAAGCAUUUGUCUGUAACCGAGAAUAGGACCUUCCAGCUGGAUUACCUGGUCAAUGACACCACAUACCCAGGUCCAGAGGGAACUGUGAUGCUGCACUACAAUAUCACCAUCUUACCUGUCCCCAUCCGCUUCACCAAUGUGACAUACCUCUUCACCACAACACGUAGAGCUAAUGUCUACGCCCAGGUACCUAUUGUUCACAUGCAGCCCUCUUUGCUUGAGAACAGGGAUACUGCUAAUAAAAUGCUUAUUAAGCAGACAACUCUUUUAAGAUAAUACUAUUUCACUGUGGAGGAUAAAUGUGCUGAAAUGCCAUUAAAACAAUCUGUGAGUUUUAGUAGGCUAUUUGAAAGAUCAGCAAUAUCCUAGACCACUGCCUAAGCUCUGUUUCAACCCAAUAUAACUGUAGCAUUUUCCCUGUAUGAUUUAUGUUCCUUCUCAUUUUAGGUCGGUAGGAUCUGUGUGGACAACUGCCUGAAGUUCCGGGGCAUCAAAGUCAUAUACCGGCUAGCGGUAGCAGACAAGACAGACAAAAAUGUGUCAGGUAACACACAGUCAUGCUUCGCAGCGAUUAGCAUCACACAGAGCUUCAAGGACAUGGCUGGGGUGCUGUAUGUGAACGACACAGUGGCUCUCCGCAGGCCAGAGUGCCAGGACCUGCAGUACGUGGUCAUUGCUCAAGAGCAGCAGAAUCAGCUGCAGGCUAGCACUCAGAUCCUCAUUGUGCUCGAUAGCGAUAGUAAGUACACUCCUGAGAUAGUAAGUAUUUUCCCAGCAAUACUCAAGACAGAUGCUUUUGGCCACAGAGAUUACCAUUGAAUGAGUAAUAUGGCAUCCAUAUUUGGAAGUCGUCAGAUCUGUCUGACCUCCUGAUAUGGAUGUCGUAGUAUUUGUCCCUUUUUCAAGGCUCAUUCCUCAUAAUAUGAGACCUUUUGUUGUAUACUUCUCUAGAAUUAUGAAAAAGCAGUAGUGUAGUAGAGACAUACCUGAUCCAUAGCUUGGUUCAAGUCCGAGAUCUUGCUUGACACAGUGAACAUGUGUGUUGUCUUCAUGAACUUUGUGUUUGUGUUGUGUAGUUGAUAAGCAGGAUCUAGAGGACCAGCAGUUCCUCUCCUGUGCAGAGGGGAGAAAGCGUGGGGACUGUGAGAACAUCAGAGGCCUAGGGGCUACCACAGGGAGGUGCCAAUGGAGACAGGGCUCUGAAAAAGGUAUCCACACUGUGCAUAAUUCGAAUAUUUGAUGGACACAGGAAAUGAUGCUAUCCAGAUAUUGUUGGUUUCUUCUAUCAAUUAACUCUUUUUAUUUUAACUAACUAUUAUAUUUUUCCUCUAUCUUUCAGGAAUAUCAGAAAGCUAUUCCACCUGCUCCCCUGACCUCCGCACGUGCCCUGAUGGCUUUUGUGAUGCAGUCGAAAGCAAAGACACGUCAAUAUGUCCUCAGGAUUGCACAAGUAAGAAAUAUCUCAAUCUUUUGCAGUCAUUUAUAUUUAUCGACCUUCGUGAAAACGUAUGUUUCUAUACUUUCCACAUUUUUCUGACAGUAUUUCAAGUGGUUUUUCAUUGUAAACCUUUUUUUAAUUAUUAUUGUUGAAUUCAAUAGAUUUAAAUGUGUUUGUGUCUCUCAGUUGAACCCAUUAUCGGAGGUCAUGAGGAGGGCAUCAUGUCUGGCAUCAGAGCAGGCUAUGGAACCUGCUACUGCUACUCUGAAAAAUGCUUCUGUGAGAAGGAUGAUGUAGAGGGUGAGUUGUUCCCAUGCAUUGACCCAUAAUACCCCCCAUAUAGGUAAUGAAACACCAUUCCAAAUAGAGAUAUUUCAAGAUAUGAUCUUUCAAUCAAAGCUGAAAUUACAGUUUGCACUUUGUUGUCUAAGGAUGGUUUACAUGGUGUCUCUUUUUGACCCCUGACCCCUUCUACCCUGUCUGAUCCAGAGGCCAUGUGUGACGACGUCUGCAAGACCAUCAUUGCCACCGCCGUGCUGCUCUCCUUCAUCGUCUCCAUCCUCCUGUCCUCCUACUUCAUCCAUCGCUACCACAAGAACUCCCCCAAGCCCCCUAUCGCCUCGGCUGAGAUGACCUUCCGGCGGCCCGCACAGUCCUACCCCAUCAGCUAUUCUGCUAACAAUGUGCGCCGUGGCUCGUUGGACUCUAUGGAGAACCAAGUGGCCAUUGACACCUUCAAAAUACCUGUAAGGUCUUGGCUAAUACGAUGUUUGCCAAAUUUCUGAAACUUUCCCAAAAUUCCCAGCAACAGUGACGUUUUUUUAAAGUGUUGCUUAAUUGCUUUAACAGGAGGAUCCCAAAUGGGAAUUUCCACGCAAAAACCUGGUGCUGGGUAAAACCUUAGGAGAAGGGGAGUUUGGGAAGGUUGUCAAGGCGACUGCAUUCCGGCUGAAAGGAAAGGCUGGCUACACUACAGUAGCUGUGAAAAUGCUUAAAGGUAAGACUAGAGCAGACAAUAGGAACAAUUGUUGUCAUGCAGUGAGUAAGUCCCUAGGUGUGUAUACUGAAUAUACAGUAAAAGAGCCAUUUUUAUGAUGUGAAUUUUGGCCAGACCAUGAUCGAUGUAAGGUGAAGUAUUUUAUGAAAGUAUUUCAUGAUUCCCUCUUUUAUUUUGCAACAGACCACGCCUCACAUAGUGAACUGCGUGACCUCCUGUCAGAAUUCACCUUACUGAAGCAAGUCAACCAUCCACACGUCAUCAAGAUGUUCGGAGCUUGCAGCCAGGAUGGUAAGGCUUCAUACCCAACCACUCUGAGCCACUCUGGGGUCACGGACCGAAAAGGUUUAGGAACCCCUGUUCUAUAGACUAUCUAUAGACUAUCAGUAACAUUUCAAAUAACUACCUACUAACCCUAAUCCACCAUUGGAGGGUAUCAAUGUUGUUGACUGACUGUACCUUCACCAAUGGAGAUGUGUGUGACAUGAGAAUAAUGCCUUCAGAUCACGUCCUUUAUGGUAGCAAUGCCUCAGAGGCCCAGUCUGAUCAAAUUAUACUCAAAGUCAUCAUGAGGUUGUUGUACAAUAAAUUGUGGACCCAGUUAUUAAUGAAAACAUGAUGUCCUUGCAAUGCUUAACCUUCUGGUGUUAUACCUGGUACAUUUCUGAUGCAUCUUUCAUUCAAAACACCCAGACACUGUCGGGCCAAGUGUGUGUUCUAAAGUGGUGUGUCUCUCCAUCUAGGUCCAAUGUACCUGAUUGUAGAAUAUGCCAAAUAUGGGUCACUGCGCAACUUCCUGCGUGAGAGCCGAAAGGUAGGACCCAGCUACAUGUCGGGCAACGAUGCCAACCGCAACUCGAGCUACCUGGAGAACCCAGAUGAGAGGGCACUCACCAUGGGCGACCUGAUCUCCUUCGCCUGGCAGAUCUCCAGGGGUAUGCAGUACCUGGCUGAAAUGAAGGUGCCUGUAUAGCAAUUACUUUCAAAAUAUUCACUAUUGGGCGAAUCCUCACUUCCACUUACCGGUAAGUCAAAUGUUCAAUUAGUCUCCAGUUGACAUCAAUGCAUGACUCAGUGAAAAUGUGACUGAACUGGAAGUUAGGAUUCACCUGUAGUAUGAAUUCCAUGCUAAACCUAGCUCAAGGUCAAUGUGACUCAGUGUUUUGUAAAGAAAGGAGAUGAGCUUGAGUGGCUGUAAGAAGCUUGUAUUGACUAAUGUCUUCCAAUAGCUUGUUCACAGGGACCUCGCUGCAAGAAAUGUCCUAGUUGCAGAGGGGCGUAAGAUGAAGAUUUCUGACUUUGGUUUGUCCCGGGAUGUGUAUGAGGAAGACUCUUAUGUGAAGAGGAGCAAGGUAGGGAUCCCAAAUGUCAAAUACCCAAGUACUUUUUUAAAUAGUUUCUCUCAAUUAUAUAGUUUUUUCGAAAUUGUCUCAAUUAUUUUUUAAUCUAUUAUAAUUUUGUUAACACUUUAUUUGGAUACUCCAUCUGUAGAUGCUCUACAGCAGUGUUUCCCAAAUUAGGUGUCGUGACAUUUGAAAAUGGGUCGCAAGAGAAACUUAAAUAAAUGUUACAAAAUUGCGCUUGGUUCAUAGAACCGGGGUUACGUCAGUAACCUCCGGUAGCCGCUAGAUGUGGUUGUAAUAAACAGAGUGGUUUCUGUUAAACAUUGGCCGUUGAUUACAUCACUUUGUUUUACAUGAUGGGGUCGCAAACAUUUUUGGAUAUCAAAAUGGGGUCACGGACCAAAAACGUUUGGGAACCCAUGCUCUACAGACUAUCUACAGACUAUCAGUGACAUUUCAACUAACUAUCUACUAACCCUAACCCUAGCUCUAACCCUAACCUUAACCCUUAUCCUAACCCUAAACUUAACCCUUUCCCUAACCCUUAUUCUAAACCUAACCCUAACCCGAACCGUAACCUUAGAAAGCAGUUGCUUAUCAACAGAUAGUUUUUGAUAGUAUGACCAUCUGUAGAACAUCUACAGAUGGAUAAUCCAGACUAUCCAGAUAAAGUGUGACCAAACAUUUCUUUAACAGAACUGACAUCACAAUUUCCAUUUUCUUCUUUUUUGUCUCCUUUUUUCAGGGUCGAAUCCCAGUUAAAUGGAUGGCAAUAGAGUCCUUGUUUGAUCACAUUUACACAACACAAAGUGACGUGUGAGUACCUUGCACAAUCAACUUAAAACAUCUGUUAUACAUAUGUCCAUAUCCAUAACCAACAAUGUUUGCAUGAUCAAAAACCAACCUACUCAAUUGCACUCGGAUAAACCAUACAGCAAACAUCAGAAUCACUAUUUCAUCCAUGCAUUAGGUGGUGCUAUUCAUGUGGUGUUCUUCUCUGUCUCCUGCCAGCUGGUCCUUUGGUGUGCUGUUGUGGGAGAUUGUGACACUGGGCGGAAACCCGUACCCAGGCAUCGCCCCUGAACGCCUCUUUAACCUCCUCAAGACUGGCUACAGGAUGGAGAAACCAGAGAACUGCACUGAGGAAAUGUAUGUGUGCCACUUUACUUUGCCCCAGCUUCAUUGUACCCACAGUAAAACUCACUGUAACUCUAUUACACACUGAUGGUAAUGACAUCCAUGACUUGACAAACCAGCAGCAAAUCCACCCCUAUUUAUUCUGAUGUUGUAGUGAUCUAUUGUAAAUUGUAGGUAAACCAUCCCUUUAGUUAAUUUUUUGCUUCUGACCAUAAGGUGGUGUAUGAAUGUGUUUCUGCAGGUAUAAUCUUAUGCUUCGAUGCUGGAAACAGGAGUCAGACAAAAGGCCCAUAUUUGCAGAAAUCAGCAAAGAACUGGAGAAGAUGAUGGUGAAAAACCGGGUAGGAUCAAGCAAAACAACCAACACUCUUUCUCUGUCUAAAGUGGUCGUUACACUGUUCACUGGUAGUUACAGUACAUAUACAGGACACUGUUAUAAAUGGAGUAAACAACACAUGAUUAGUCUUAUGUCCAACAAUAUGUUUAACCAAUGUCUGGUGAACGUCCCCAAAAUAUGGCCCUGGGCAACAUGUGCAAAACUUAUAAUUACAAGUUAGCAGUUAGUUUUGUGUUGAGGUAAAGAGGCCAAAUAGUGUAAUUUGGGGGAUGCCAAAUACAGUGCAAAAAUGUGAAGGAUAUGUUUAGGAUUUGAAACAGAGUACUUUUAGUACUUUUUAUCUCACACACAAGUAGGAAAUAUAUUGCUCUAAUAUUUUCUGUUUCCUAUCAAGUAUCUGUCAUUGGACCUCUUACGCCAGUUAGCUACGAUCAUAACUAUUUGUGAGGUUAAGUUAGGUCAUAACUGCAUGGUAGGAUAUGACUGUAUUAGCAUUAUGCUCCACCUUCCUGUCAUUAGUGAUUAGCCAUAUCAGGUGUUCCUCUCCUGUUGUCAGGAUUACCUGGACCUGGCGGCAUCCACGCCAGCCGACGCCCUGCUCUACGACGACGCCCUCUCCGAAGAGGACACACCCCUAGUGGACUGUAAUAACGCCCCUCUCCCUCGAACCAUUCCCUCCACAUGGAUUGAAAACAAGCUUUAUGGUAGAAUUUCCCAUGCAUUUACUCGAUUUUAGAGACAGGACACACAAGCUCUCUUUUUGACAUGUUGUGAUUGUCUUCCUGUAGACCGUGUGUGACUGUGAUCUAGGCAUGCUUCCUGAAAAAGUCUCCCAUUUCUUAGAAAAUGAGAGUCAGUGGAAAAAGAGAAUCUUGUGUCUGAUGAUUACUAUUUGGACCUGCUUCUGAUGUACAUGAAACCUGAACAAAAUAACGACACAUCUGUAAAUAGUAAACAUUUCUAUAAUAACAUUCCCUUAUUUAACAUAUUGUAAUCCACAUUCAUUCCCACAUAUUUAUAUGAUUAUUAGGACACUCAUCCAUUUUGAAUGACAUAAACAUUUUCAAAACACAUUCCAACAUUCCUAAUUUUUUGUAUUAAUUUGGAAAAUACUGUUCAAAAACAGUUUGACAUUUGAAACAGGUCCUUGCUGAAUUAAUCAUUAUCUAUUUCGUUUGGAUUCCAAACUGUCUUAAGUUAUCUGAAUUGUUUGUGUGUAUAUAGGCUACAUAUUAUUGCAUCUAGAUUGUUUCUACAAUGCUGAAUAGAGAAACAGUAAGGCUUUUCAAUUAAACUCUUGGCUAACAUUGAUAAACAAUACUUUCUAAAAGUAUGUCAUAACAAAUUCCCAAACAAAUCCCACUGAUACUAAGCACUUCCAGUUGAUAGUUCAUAAAAGUAUUUAGCAAUAAGAUGGCUGCCAGUGACAUAGUUACCAUGAACAGACAGUAACUUGGUGUCCAUGUGUCCUGUUACAGUGAUGCAAUUAUUGUAUCUGCUUUAUAUUGAGAAAACAAUUAUCAAUGGUGCAUGAGCCAAGGAAAACCUUUAGAGAUCAUGACAUACAUUACCAAUAAUGUACCAAUAAUUGUUGUGUUAUUUUUCUUUUAAUCGUAUUUAAUCAAUCCAGUAAAUUCUCAGUUAAACUGUACAGGAACUAUGGACACCAUUAUUGUCUGUGACGUGAUUUCUUCAUAUAAUUCUAAAUUGAUAGCCUUAUGUUCCUAUGUCAUAGUCAAACAUCAGUCUAUAAUUCACUUCUGUCAAAAAUGUAAAGGGGAAAAACUGAGUUUCUUUUUGAGAGCCUUACUGUCUGCACUCUACUUUUUCUUUACUCAGUGCAGAAAAAUGAUAUGUUCUCAUUUUUAGGCAUGUCAUACCCGAACUGGCCUGAGAAGAGCCCGGUACUGCUCAACAGACUUGAUGCCACUAACCCAGUCUUUACAAGAUAUGCCAAUGAUAGUGUUUAUGCAAACUGGAUGGCUUUGCCUUCACCCGCAAAAAUUGUGGACAAGCUGGAUAGUUAAAAGCAAAAACUAUUGUAGAAAAUCACGAUUCCUAAAUGGGUAGAUGUGUAUAUUUAUAUAAAAACUGUACAUAUACAAUCUAAAGUUGGUUCCCUUUCAUUUCUGUUGCACGGGUAUUCUAAGUUAAAACUGGUGGAUUUAAAAACUACAUUUGCUGCAAAAUGGCUGGAAUUGCAUAGACCUUGCUUCAAGCAGAUCUUCGGUAUGUUAAUCAUUACCUCAAGGUCAUGUUGGCCAAGUAUCAUUGCAUGACCGUGUACCAGGUUGUAUGUCAAUGUUAAUGUCUUUCAAGUGCCUGUGCCGCUUCUACGAUAGCCUCUAAUUAGUAGUAUGCGACUCUGAAGAUCUUGUUUCCAGCCAAGGAAUUAAAGGGGACUUCUGUACCAUCACCUGUCCUAUAAUGUAGUAGACCUGUAAGGUUAAGGUGGACAAAGAGUGGACACUGAGUUCAUCCAGAAAAGCUGCAAAGUUUCUACUUGAUAGGAUCAUGUUCCUUGUAAUGUAAAAGCCACUUUUGUCAUUCCCCUUUAACAUUUCCAAGUAUACUUGCCAAAGAAAAUAAGAGAACCAUGUUUAGUUGAAUAUGUUCUUUAUUUUACACCAAAAGUAUCAAAAGUGAGUGCUACUGUGUUGUUAGGACGUGAGACUAUAAAUAUUAAAUGUGGGAAUGUCAAAACUGCAGCUCGCCAUUUGAUUCCUCAUAAUGGCAAUCUUUGUGCAACAAUUAUCUAUGAUUUUGAAAACAAAUUAGUGUUAUUAAUUGUUAUGUUGUUAUUACAUGAUUAUGUUGCAAUCAAUAAAAAGUUCAAAUAUGUGCAGUCUAUUUAUAUUUCACAGCCUCCCCUUCUCUCUUUCUCUCAUCAGCUGUAAUAAUGUUAUAAAUAAUAGAAGCACAUUGUGA